AUCUCUCUCACUCACUCACACACUGAACUUUGUAUACGUUGUGAAGCUAUAAAAAUAUACUCAGUAAGCCAGAAAACAUGGUAAAGUUACGUUGAAAUUUAAUGUUAUAUACUUUUCUUGUUGUUCGAGAACCGGGAGAAAGCAUCAUCAUCAGCAAAAAGUAACAUAAAUAUUAACCUGUGCUGAGUUUCAUGGAAAUAUCAUCAUCAUCAACAACAACAACACCCCAACAAUUGAAAGGUAUCAACAAUAUAAUACAAGGUGAAGUGAAUAGUGAAUACAAAAAGAGGAAAAACUGUGUAACAAAAAAAAAUAUGAAUGAAUGAAUAAUAGGAAGAGCAGAAAAAGAAGAAGAAAAGAAAGAGAGAGAAAAAAAGUGAGAGAAAUAUAAAUAUAAAUGAUUAACAUUGAAGAAUAAAAAUUUUGUUCGUUGUAACGUCAUUUUCGUCACGUUGAUGUUUCGUUUUCUUUUUUUGUUUUGUUACAUUGUUGAAGAGUAACAACAAGAUGGGUUAGUUUAUCAUCUUCACCAUCAUAAUCAAAGAGAUACAAAUACAACAAGUAACGAAAUCAUAUUCGCAUCAUUUAUCAUCAUCUGCAUCUCUUUGUCUCUCUCUCUCUGCUAUCUUAUCAAUCAUCAUCUUGAGAAAUUGAUGCAACAAUUAACUUGUAACUUUUAUGGUUCCCAAUAGCAGGUAAACACUUCAAUUAGUUUCUGUAAUUGUAUAUUCACCAUUGGGUUAACUUUUAUUGUAAUUUGAUCAUCAUCAUCAUCAUCGGGUUUCAACUCAUUUCUUGAUGAUGGAUAAAAAUUCACCAUGUGCUCUGAUUGAUGGUGAAGAUAUUGGUACCGGUGGUGAGGUAACUGUGCUUCCAUCAGAGUAUAACAAUUACCAGGAAAAUGAUUUAACCACCAAUGUAAAAAAAAGUUACAGUGAAAGUGUUGAUUUAAAUUCAUCUUGUGAGUUUAAACAAUCAUCUUCAUCUUCACCAACAUCAGCUGAUUCAGGCAAUAAUCAAAUCAACAAUAAGACAGACCAAAUGGAAACAGUUGAAAGUGUCUUCUCAUUCAAACAAUCGUCACCCAAUCUAACCAAUAAAUCAUCAAAAUCAGUUUGCUUCCAUAGUAUAACAGCUAAUCCAGGAGGAGAUCGUAAAAUAGCAUCUCCACUUGACUGUCUUCAAAUGAUGAUGAAUGGAGUUACCAUGGUAAAGAUAAAGGCGAAUACGAGACAAUAUCGAAGAUUCUUUUCCCUGACUGAAGAUUUAACUGCGAUUCGAUGGGUACCUUCAUCUAAAAAAUCGUCGAAAGCAAAGUACUCCAUUAAGGAUAUUAAAGAGAUUCGAGCUGGAAAAAACAGCGAAAUCAUGAGAAAUCGUGAUAUCAGUUUAAGCUCAUCGGAAGAAUGCGUUUUCUCAAUAAGCAUCGGCGACGAUUUUGAUACACUUGAUUUAAUUGCUCCAUCACCUGAAGAUGCAAAUAUUUGGGUCACUGGAUUGAACUUUCUCAUUGGUGCUAAUAAAUCUUCCGGUCAAAAGAUGAGACAAAAAUGGUUAGAGGAAGCCUUCAAUCAGGCUGACAUUGAAUCUCGAGGUGUCCUUGAUGAACCUCAAACGAUAAGCCUGAUGAAACGAUUGAAUAAUCACCUUUGCUCCGGUAGAUUGAAACAGAAACUUCUUGAAUAUAAUCUGGGUAAAGAUGGAGACGAAAAAGGUUUUUUCAAUAAACACAAUUUCGUCAACCUAUUUUAUGAGACUGCAACCCGUCCGGAUAUUUAUUUUAUCCUUGUAAGAUAUUGUGGAAAAGAUUAUAUGACUUUGGAGGAUUUACAGUUAUUCUUGGAAGGUGAACAAGGUGUAUGCGGGAUAACACUCGAGGAAUGCGCUCAACUUAUCGAUAGAUAUGAACCUUGUGAAGAAUCAAAGAGAAAUCAGCAAUUGUUGAUCGAUGGAUUUACUCAGCUUCUUGUCUCCCCUGAAUCUGAUCUAAUUAAUCCAGCUCAUAAUUUCAUCUGGCAAGACAUGAAUCAAUCUUUAUCUCAUUAUUUCAUCGCAACUUCCCACAAUACUUACCUUUUAGAGGACCAAUUAAAGGGACCAUCAUCCACUGAGGGCUAUCGUAAGACUUUACUCCAAGGCUCUCGGUGUGUUAAAAUAGAUACAUGGGAUUCCCCCACAGGUCCAGUUGUCUUUCAUGGUAAUACCUUAACGACCAAGGUUCCCCUUCAAGAUGUCCUUGAGACAAUUAAUGAAUAUGCCUUUGUCCAAUCACCGUACCCAGUUAUAAUUCACCUUGAAAAUCAUUGCAGCUUAGAGAGACAGAAAGAAAUAGCAAAUCAAUUAACUACAAUUCUGGGUGAUAAGUUAUUCAUUCCAGGGAAAACCAGAAUUGAUCAUCAUGUUAUCCAUUCAAAUAAUAACAACACCAUCAAUUUAUCAUCAACAGUAAAUGGAGAUCAAUCUUUAUCCUCAUCAUCAUCAACAUCGGUCUCACCAACACCAGGAAAACAGUCAACAUGUAACGAUAACAUGAUAAACAAUAACAGUUCUGAAUCUCAAUUGAUAAAAAACUAUACAAAUCUCUUAUUAUCUCCAGAACUUUUGAAAUACAAAAUUAUCAUUAAGGGUAAAAAACUUUCCUCCCCUGAAGAUGAAUUCGGUGAAGUUUCUGAUGAAGAUGAAUCAAUAGAACCACGAUUUUCCACCACAAUCAAUCCUUCAGCCAACACCAAUACAACCACAUCUUCAACCUCUUCAUCUUCCAUAUCAUCCAAUCUCUCAAAUUCUGUCAAUAAUAAGACCUUUUUAUGCAAACAACUUUCUGACCUUGUCUACCUGAGGCGAUUUCGUUGCAACGAUUUUGGCCAUGUUCUUAAGAAUCAAAAAAAUGAUCAAGUUUGUUACCUUGACGAAGCAUUUGCAUCUAAACUAGCCUUAGCUUCACCUGAGGAUUUUGCUCAUCACAAUAAAAACUAUUGUACUCAGGUAGCUCCCGAUCGAGGUCGAAUCGAUUCAUCUAAUAUUAAUCCACUUGAUUUCUGGAACUGUGGAUCCCAAAUGGUUGCUAUGAAUUAUCAAUCUUCUGGACAAAUGAUGGACCUUUAUCGAGGUUGGUUCAAUCAGAAUGGCGGAUGUGGUUACGUUCUUAAACCAGCCUUUCUUCGGGAACGAUUCUGCCUUUUCAAUGCUAGAAGGAAAGAUUCACUUCCGGGUAUUGAUCCUCUUUGUUUACGAGUUAAAAUUAUUUCUGGUCAACAACUUCCCCGACCCAAAGGGGCUUCUUUUAAAGCGGUUGCCAUUGAUCCAUAUGUUACUGUUCAGGUUCUCGGUGUACCUGCCGAUAAUGCUGAAAUGCGAACUCGAACCAUUUCAAAUGAGGCCAAUAAUCCAAUUUUCGAUGAAUCUUUUGAGUUUACAAUCUCAGUUCCAGAAUUGGCUUUAUUACGACUUGUCGUUCUAGAUGAUGAUUAUAUUAACGAUGAUUUUAUUGGUCAAGCUACGAUUCCAAUUGAAUGUGUUCAAACAGGUUAUCGACAUGUCCGACUUUCGGCCUACAAUGGUGAGCUCAUUCCGGAAGCUGUUCUUUUUGUUCACCUUUCAAUGACACAUCGAUAUGGGUCAAAGCAAAAGUUACGGAGAAAACGUUCCUGGGGAAGUAAACAGUCAAAUGACCUUCGAUCAAUUGGAAUCAAACAGGCCGAUGAAGCUUUUAAAAAUGUAUCGAACCUUUUGUACCAAUCGAUUCAACUUCGUAAAGAUGUUGAAAAGUCAAUGAUUGACCUUUGUGAUGAGUGUAACCUCAAUGAGAAUGCGAAUGUAGCUCAAUGUUUAAGAAUUUUAACUCUUCGAUUGGCUUCAUGUUCAUCAGUAAAUAGUUUUCAUAUCGACACAUCAAAUGAAGGGGCACCGGCGAUUAAAAUUGGAGGUGAAAUGACGGUGAAAUUGCAGAAAUCAAUCUCAGCAUUGGAUAAAGCAUUAGCUGAAUUUGUGUCCAUUCCACAAAGUUCAUCACUUUUACUCGAAAUGUUGGGCGAAUCUCAUGAUGUUAUCGUUAGACUUGGUCUUGAAUUGAACCAAUUAAGCAUUUCAGCGGGAAUUAAAGGUCGAAAAGCGGAUAAAGCCGUUGAAAAUUUCAUGUGGAAUUUAAGCCUUAUCAAGACGGAGAUUGAUAUUCUUCGUGCGGUUAAAGAUGAUUCAGAAUGCGCCUUGAAACAGGUAACUCGUUUAAGUAAAGCACUGGAACGACUUUUUUCUCGAGAACGUGAAUCAACCAAUAAAACGAAUGCGAAUCAUUUAUUGGCCUCAUCAGUUGCUCAAUCUUCCGCUUCAGCCUUAGCCUCUGUUGCUGCCUUGUCAUCUUCAUCUUCAUCUUCCACCUCAGCCACACCUUCAUCAGUAUUAGCGCCAGGAAACAUUUCAACUUGUUCAUUAACACCGUCAGGAAUCACCGGAGGGAGUAAUCUGAGUGGUUCAAUAAUCUCAGGUGGAGUUUCACCGACAACCUCAUCGAUAGAGAUAAAACCCCCGAUUGGACCUCCGGUGACUCCGACAUCGCCCGGUGAUGCUCGUCUUCGUAGUAUCCUCAAGAAACCCGCCUCAUCACCAACCACUCCAAUUCCACCAAAUCUUGACUCUCUCGAUGAGAGAAUCAGUUAUUUUCAUCCCAUGGGCGAUAAAUCGCCUCCUCCUGUUACCAUAACAACUGCCGAAGAAUCUAAUUGUUAAUCAUCUUUUCAUCUUUACAAUUAAUUUAUCACAACCUCCAUCCUUCCAUGAUUCAAAUCUUCCAAUAAACCAAAUCAAAUCAAA